CACGUGUUGGUAUUGUUUGUGCUGGCCGGAUUUAGCGGAAUAAUGCUUGCGCGAGGCCUGUCGCAUUCAGCCAGGUUCUCGCAUUCAUCUAAGAAGCGUUUUAAUUUUACAACUCGUGUGCGUGCAUCCCAUUCCACGAUGGCGCUAAACUAUCCAAGGCCCAUUGAGAUUAAUCCAUCAGGGCCACAUACUAGCACUUUCAUCAUGCUACAUGGGCUUGGCGAUACUGGUGAUGGAUGGAGCGAUAUAGGAUACAUGUACAAGGCAUCUCUUCCAGGAACCAAGUUCAUCUUUCCACAUGCGCCACGGCGCCCGAUUACUCUCAACUUUGGCAUGAGCAUGCCCGGCUGGUACGAUAUCGCAUCCCUGGAGGACAUCCAGGGCGGCGAAGACGGGGCCGGGCUCAGGGAAAGCCAACGAUACGUGGAGGAGCUGAUCCAAAGGGAAAUCGCGGCGGGGAUACCCUCCACCAAGAUAGUGAUCGGCGGCUUUUCUCAGGGCGGCGCGGUGGCGCUCAUGAUGUUGCGGUCCAGCAUUCAGCUGGGCGGGGUUGUCGCGCUGAGCGCCUACGUGCCACUGCACAAGGAGCAGCCCCUGGUUUCGGAGGCCAACUCCAAGACACCCAUCUUCAUGUGCCACGGAGAUGCGGACCAGACAGUCGCCUUCGAGUUCGGGCGUCGGAGCUACCAGAUGUUGCUCAGCCUGGAUGCCAACGUGGAGUUCCAGACUUACCUGGGAAUGGCGCACUCGGCGUGCCAGCGAGAAUUUGAUGAUGUGCUGGCGUUCGUCAAGCCAAUUUUGGUUUAAGCGGCAGUUGACGGUGGUACGGUGGUUCUCAUUCCGCAGCUGGUGUGAUGCCACGUGUGGCAAUGGGAAUGGUGGUGAAAUAGUGGUGGGCGAUACAGUUAUUUGCUGGUCAGCUCAGUCGUGGUGUUGGCGCCAGCGGCGUCCAGGUCUGAGCCGUCACCAUAGAAAGGAUCUAUUGGUUCAUGUAGUGCAGCUAUCCCAUAAUGAACGAAACAGUUUGCGAGUAAGCGUACGAAGGGACCAUUUUAGUAUAUGUACGUGUACGCGUGUACUCUGGAAACUAGGAGAAGUGUCAGUGUGUUAUUGGAGUGUCCGCAGGGGGGAUGUGGCCGUCAACGUUGGUUCUUGCGAGUGCUCCUGCCGAAUGCCGGAUGGCUUCGCGAGCGAACCUGUGUUACCUGUGUUGCGGCAUAGCCACCUUAUGAUCGCCAACUUGUUACCUUUACAGGACG